AUGAAGACUAUUUACCCACUACUCACUCUCCUUUCGGCUGCGGCCGUAGCUGCCGGUCCUCUUCCAAGGAACGUACAGCUACUCCCGAAUGCAAACCUCAAGCCUACUCGUGUCGUCGCGCGCACGCAAAUGCCUGCCGAGGCUGCACCAGCACCAGCCGCAGGAGUUGAUCCUGGCAAAGCUUCCGCGGAUGCUAUGGAAGCAAUGCAUGCAGCUGAAGCGGAGGCCAAAGAAAAAGCUCAUCAAGAGGCCGCUAAGCAGAUGGAAGCCAUGCAUCAGGCAGAGGCAGAAGCAAAGGAGAAGGCCCACCAAGAGGCCGCUAAGCAGAUGGAGGCUAUGCACCAAGCAGAAGCCGAAGCAAAGGAAAAGGCACACCAGGAGGCUGCAGCAGCCAUGGAAUCCAUGCACGUUGCAUCUGAGAAAGCAAAGGACGCUGCCCAUAAGGCAUCGGCUGAUGCUAUGGAAGCUAUGCACGUCUCGCGGGAAAUGGCCAGCAUCUCUAUGGCCAUGAAGACAGAGGCUCCAGCUGCCACCCCUCCACCUCCUCCACCACCUGCUGCUAUGCCUCACGAGACUCCUGCCCCGGCCCCUACACAUGUUAUGCCCCCUCCUCCUGCUGCUGAGAUGCCACCACCACCACCUCCUCCCGCCGAGAUGCCACCUCCACCUCCUGCUCAUACUAUGGCGCCCCCUCCACCUCCUGCUGCGGAAAUGCCUCCUCCACCCCCGGCUCAUGAGAUGCCAGCUCCAUCUGCCCCCGCUGCUGCAGAGAUGCCACCGCCACCUCCCGCUCAUGUGAUGCCAUCACCUCCCCCUGCCCAUACAAUGGCACCUCCUCCACCUCCUGCCGCGGAGAUGCCUCCUGCUGCUGAGAUGACUCCUCCUGCCAAGAUGCCUCAUGCUCCCGCUGAAAUGCCAUCUUCACCUCCCGCUGCUGAGAUGCCCCCAGCCGCCGGUGGCAUGAACGGUAGCGAAGCUGCACCGCCUACAUCGUCUGCUCCUCCUGCGGCUGAGGUCACCGAAAGCUUCUCUUUGAUUAUGGAUCAGGCUGCACAGGCUACUGGUGCUGCCAACAUGACUGCUUCCCCGGCCAUGAGCACCCCUGCGGCGCCUGCUGAAACCGGUGCUGCCGAGGAAGAGAAGAAGAAGGCCGAAGAGGAGCAGAAGAAGGCAGCUGAGGAAGAGAAGAAGAAGGCUGAGGAAGAGAAGAAGGCCAAGGAAGAGGCUGACAAGGCUGCUCAGGAACAGGAGAAGAAGGCUGCAGAGGAACAGAAGAAGCAGGAUGAGGCCGACAAGAAGGCCGCCGAAGAAGAGAAGAAGAAGCAGGAGGAGGCAGACAAGCAGGCUGCUGAGGAGGAAAAGAAGAAGCAAGAGGAGGCUACUCAAGCCGAGAAGCCCGCUGAGGACGCUGCGCAAGACAACAAGGGCGAGGCCUCAGCCUCAGCCCCUGCCGAAGCACCUGCUGAAGCGCCCGCCGAAGCGCCCGCCGCACAGGAACAGCAACAAGAAGCAGCCGGUGAGGCAACCAUCAAGCUCCCAGCCGGCUUCCUUACUUCUCCACGCGUGCGUCGCGCCAAUCUCGCUAACAUGCCUGCUAAGCGCGGCAUGAAGGCUGUCGCUUUCUAA